GAAAAAAUGGCAGAUUGCUAUCUUGGCGUGGAUGUAGGGACAGGCAGUGUGAGAACCGGUUUAGUAAAUGCAAAUGGUGAAUUAUUGGCGAGGUCAGAAGAAAAAAUUAGUAGAAAGAGUUCAAAACCAGGACAUUAUGAACAGUCAUCACAGGAAAUUUGGAGUGCAGUUAUAUCAACAGUUCGUGCUGUUCUAGAAACAUCCAACACAACGAGGGACUCUAUUAAAGGUAUAGGAUUUGAUGCUACUUGCAGUCUAGUAGUUGAAGAUAAGAAUGGAGUUGGACUACCGGUCGGAGAGGAUCAAGAUUAUGAUAUAAUAAUGUGGUGUGAUCAUAGAGCAUCUGCAGAGGCACAAUUGAUAAACACAACCAAGCACAAGGUACUGAAUUAUGUAGGAGGUCAGGUAUCUCUUGAAAUGCAACUUCCCAAGCUGCUCUGGCUUAAAAACAACAACAAUGACCUUUGGGUCAAAUCUGGAAAUUUUUUUGAUCUUCCAGAUUGGUUGACCUACAAGGCGACUGGUUCAGAUUCUAGAUCUUUCUGCAGUGUUGUCUGCAAAUGGAACUAUCUUGUUGAAAGUAAUUCCAAAGUUAUCGGAUGGGACAAGACCUUGUUUAGGUUAAUAGGGCUAGAAGAUCUGGAGGAAAAUGAAUGGAACAAGAUCGGAAAAAUUAUAUUAAAUCCUGGAAGUCCUGUUGGUCUUGGAUUAUCCAAACAAGCAGCUGAUGAUCUUGAAUUGUUGGAAGGAACUGCUAUUGGAACAUCUUUAAUAGAUGCUCAUGCAGGAGCUUUAGGAAUGCUUAAAGGUGCCUCAAACUUGGUCGGGAACCUUGGCUUAGUCUCUGGUACAUCUACUUGUCAUAUGCUUCUGUCAGAAAACCAAAACUUUGUAGCAGGAGUUUGGGGCCCUUACUGGUCAGCAAUUAUUGAUGGCCUCUGGCUGAUGGAGGGAGGCCAAUCUUUAACCGGAGGCUUGCUAGACUUCAUAAUUCAGUCACAUCCAGCUUAUUCAGAACUUGUAAACAUAUCAGAGCCAGACAAAGUGUAUUCAGCUUUGGAAAAUAGAAUUGAAGAACUAAGAAUAACAAACAGUUUAAAGGAUUCUUCUUUUUUGACGAAGAAGUUUCACAUGACAGUUGAUUUCCAUGGAAACAGAUCACCACUGGCAGAUCCUCAGCUGACUGGAAGUAUGGUUGGGUUAACUGUGACCAAGGACCUGGAGUCUCUUGCUGUUCAAUAUCUAGCUACAAUACAAGGAGUCUGCUAUGGAACCAAGCAUAUUAUACAAGUUCUAUUAGAAGAGGGACAUCAAGUUUGUAAUGUGACAGUAUGCGGGGGUCUUACCAAAUCCAAGCUGUUUCUACAAACAUUGGUAGAUGUAGUACAACUGCCUGUACAUGUACCCGCAGAAAAUGAGAGUGUACUGCUUGGUGCAAGUUUUCUUGGAAUGUCGGCUCAUAAAGGGAUAUCUGUAAAGGAAGUUUUGAAGGCAAUGGAGAAGAUUCCUGGAGUUCAAAAUAUUAUUAAACCUUCUCAGGAUGAAGAAGUACAGAAGUUCCAUACCAGAAAGUACAGAGUGUACAGGAAAAUGAUUGACGAUCAAUUAGAGUACAGAAAAAUGAUGGAGGAGGGAGCUAAUUCGAUGAACAGAACCUAAUAUCAAAUUGGCUCAAUCAAAAAAAAAAAAAACUCAAAUGAUGAU